UAUCAUGCAAGUUAAGUAGAAGAUGAAACAGUAGGUCAAUUAUAAAGUAAGUCAAUCUUAAACUGACCUUGUGGCAAUGGCAUGGCUUGCUUGUGUUGACAGCUAGUCCUGUACUGUUAUUAAUGAGGUCUAACACCUUCAACUAAAAUAAUAACGAGGCCACGACAUGACAGGAUGAUUGGUGUCUGAUAUACAACCCACCCACGGAGGAGCACAGUACAUGCACUGAAGAUUUCCUGUGUAGUUUGAUAUAGCACUGAGCACCACCCACUCACGCGACAGAGCUCACAAAGAAAUUUCCAUGCCCAUGACACCAAGCUCAUAUGAAGGUGUGGGGGGAAACAGACAAUGCAUUUGUUUAGUGCUCAUGUUUAUUAGCCUACUAUGUAAUAAUUAGCUGACUUUUUUUGGUGGAUUUGUGGAUCCAGCGAGUGUUCUUCAGAAACGUUCCAUAAUCAGCAAAGGAAAGCAGAAGUAAACUCUCCCACUGGCACUGUCACCUACAAGCUCAUUUUUAUUAUCCGACCUGAAACAAUGAAUACAUCUGUUGGAGAUUUCCCUGGCAACUGCAGUACCCCAGCAGACUACCAGUUCUACCUCUUCCCAGCCGUCUACAGUCUGGUGAUGGCACUGGGCCUGCCAGGAAACGUGGGAGCCCUCUACAUGUUCAUCUUCAAGAUCACUCCCCGCACCUCAUCUAACGUGUACGUGAUCAACCUGGCCCUCGCCGAUACCGCCAUCCUCUGCACCCUGCCCUUCAAGAUCCACUACUUCCUCAACAGAAACGACUGGGUAUUCGGAGACAUGGCUUGCCGCAUUACAGGAACGCUGUUCUUCGCCAACAUCUACAUCAGCAUCGCCUUCAUGACCUGUAUCUGUGUGGAUCGAUACACGGCCGUCGCCCAUCCUCACAUCUAUCUGAGGCUCCGGAACUCGUGUUAUACUGUAGUGGUGAGUGUGGCAGUGUGGGUGGUGGCGGGGGUGGCUGUUCUGUCCUUCAUCCGAGUGGGACCUCUGGACAGCAAACCUGGCAGAGGUCGCUCCCAGCGCCGUAGCUGCUUUGAGAACUUUUCAAAGCACGAGUGGGACAGGCGUGUGGCGCCGUACAGCUUAUUCAGUCUCGUCUUCGGCUCGCUACUACCCUCUGUGGUCAUCCUGGUGUGUUACCCUCUGGUGGCACGACGCAUCGCUCUCAUCCGGACCAACACGGCCCGCGGAGCCCUGAGGGUCAUCUACACCAUCCUGGCUAUCACCCUGCUCUGCUUCCUGCCGUACCAUGUGGUUCACUUCCUGCACCUGCUCCGCCGUCAAGGGGCCAUCCAUCACUGUCCCUAUGCCAAUGCCAUCUACAAUGCCCGGCAGGUGACUCUGGCUCUGGUCAGCCUCAACAGCUGUCUGGACCCCCUGCUCUACUACUUCACCACUAGUCGCUGUAAGUGGAGUCCCUCCAUCACCAUGUUCAGAUGGAUUUGGGCCAGGAGGAAUAGGGGGCUCUAUACCAUUGCUGUGGCACAGUGAAUGGUUUGGAUAAACUAGCUCCAACUGUAUCCAAUCAGCUAAUGUAAUUGUAUGCUUUUUAUAUUCUACUCACAAACUCUGAAGCCAAUUGAUGAAGCAAUUUUUUUGCCAUCGUAAACCACAAACCUUUGCAUACAUGUAGAGUUGAAGUUGGAAGUUUACAUACACCUUAGCCAAAUACAUUUAAACUCAGUUUUUCACAAUUCAUGACAUUUAAUCCUAGUAAAAUUCCCUGUCUUAGGUCAGUUAGGAUCACUACUUCAUUUUAAGAAUGUGAACUGUCAGAAUAAUAGUAGAGAGAAUGAUUUAUUUCAGAUUUUCUUUCAUCGCAUUCUCAGUGGGUCAGAAGUUUACAUGGACUCAAUUAAUUCCUCUUGACAGAGCUGGUGUAACUGAGGCAGGUUUGUAGACCUCGUUACUCGCACUCUCUUUUUCAGUUCUGCACACAAAUUUUCUAUAGAUUUGAGGUCAGUGCUUUGUUAUGGCCACUCCAAUACCUUCACUUUGUUGUCCUCAAGCCAUUUUGCCACAACUUUGGAAGUAUGCUUGGGGUCAUUGUCCAUUUAGAAGACUCAAUUGCGACCAAGCUUUAACUGAGGUCUUGAGAUGUUGCUUAAAUAGAUCCACAUAAUUUUCCUACUUCAUGAUGCCAUCUAUUUUGUGAAGUGCACCAGUCCCUCCUGCAGUAAAGCACCCCUACAACAUGAUGCUGCCACCCGUGUGCUUCACGGUUGGGAUGGUGUUCUUCGGCUUGCAAGCCUCCCCCUUUUUCCUCCAAACAUAACGAUGGUCAUUACGGCCAAACAGUUAUAUAUCUUUGUCCCCAUGUGCAGUUGCAAACCGUAGUCUGGCCUUUUUGAAGGUAGGCCUUGAAAUACAUCCACAGGUACACCUCUUAUUGACUCAAAUUAUGUCAAUUAGCCUAUCAGAAGCUUCUUCAGCCAUGACAUCAUUUUCUGGAAUUUUCCAAGCUGUUUAAACGCACAGUCAACUUAUUGUAUGUAAACUUCUCACUUAUAAUUCACUGUAUCACAAUUCCAGUGAUACGUGAAAUAAUCUGUCUGUAAACAAUUUUUGGAAAAAGUUAUUGUGUCAAGCACAAAGUAGAUGUCCUAACCGACAUGCCAAAACUAUAGUUGGUUAACAAGACAUUUGUGGAGUGGUUGAACAACGAGUUUUAAUGACUCCAACGUAAGUAGUACUCUAUCAGGAAACAUACUAACCUAAAGUGUAUUUUGAUCAUAUCAUUGACAUUUACAUAGUGUUUAUCUAAAAAGGGUUAGAUUCGAAAAGGUUCUGGCUUGUGGUCGCUGCAUGUACUGCUGUCGCUAGAUGUUUUUGGUCAAAGAAGUGCGUCACAGGAUAUGGCGACGGUGACUCAAGUUAUAGAAACCCCAGGACUCCUUAAGGUUGUGGGCUGCGCCAUAAUGUGUAUAGUGCAACAGGGUUCAGUUAGCACCGUAAGCACACUCCAAAGCUUGAACUGCCUCCAAUCACAUCGCUUUUCAGUGGUGCAACUGGCUAGUACGUUGUCGAACAGACGGUCACGCGUGUUUGCGAUGCAGACCCUGUUUCAAGCCAUGUAUGGACAGUGCACCCAGACACUGUGGUCUGGCACAAUAACACUCAUUUCCAACACCCGUCCUCCUUACCUGAUAGCUCUUCAGCUGAAGAGCCUGGGAGGUGCUGGAUGCUGUAACCUUUCAGUAGACGAGAACAGAGGCAAUACAUAGAGAAAUGGGAGAAUGAAUCAUUCAUAUUAGUCCUCUUACUGUAACUUUAUUUUGUGAUACAUGUAUACUUUUCUUUGCUCAAGACAUAGAACAAACUUUGUACAUUGUAUGCCCAAGCUUUACCCAAAUAAGAAUAAAAAUUGUCAACUUUGUCUUACUGUACCUAUUGAGGUGUGUGUAGAUCCUGAUGAGGGCGUCGUGGGGCUGCACUCGGCAAGUGAAGCGGAGCUGGUGCACGUUGAGGCCCAGCUCAUUAAGAGCUUGCUCUGGAGAGACCAGCCGAAGACUCUACACCCAGGGAGAGCAGGGGAACAAAUGGGGGAGAAGUGAACCAAGGGCAAUAAUAGGACAAAAACUUGCAAGGCCAAAGGCAGAGAAUAAAACACCCUGAAUUACAAACACUGGCAACUGGUCAUCUAAAUUGUUAAGGUUUUAAAAACAAUUGUAAUAAAUGCAACAUUCUUGGACAAUGCAUGAAGAUACUCUAAACUAUUCACAUUUUUGUCAUCUAUCAGAUAUCGACUGAAUUCUAGCACAUAAAAUAUUUUACUGGUAAGUACAAAUAAUGAAUGUAAUUCAGUGAUUCGGGUGGGAAUUCAGAUAUUCAAUUCACUCUCAAAUGUCACUUCUUUUUGUCUUAGAAUGCACUCAUGUAUACUUUUUCUUAUUGAAUCAGGUAUUUUUUGUGUGUGUGUUAAAAAUCAGAAUAUUUGUGUCUCAUCUGAAUAAAUACAUUGGUUCCUUUGCAUGUAUGAAUAAAUUAACAUAAAGGGGAGGAACAUGGCUACAAACACCAAACAACAUUUGCUCUGUCUACACUACCUGC